AUGGCGAAAACGCUUAAACAUUUUCAUAUAAAUUGCUCAUUAUGGCGUAAUAAUUUUCUUCAGUUUUUACAUGAACGAGGUGGACCACCAAAAAGGCGUUCGAGAAGCAAUGAUAAGAAGCCAAUUUCAGGACAAAGUUGCUUUAAGGGGAUCGUUUUAAAACUUGUAAUCCGACAUCCAAAAAAACCCAACUCUGGGAAUAGGAAAUGCGCAAUUGUUCGAUUAAGUAAUGGUAAAGAAAUCUGUGCCUACAUUCCAGGCGUUGGUCACAAUCUUCAAGAGCAUUCCCAUGUUUUAGUAGAAGGAGGCCGACGAAGAGAUUUGAUAGCAGUAAGAGCCAACAUUGUAAGAGGAAAACUUGACUGUGCACCAGUUAAGGGACGGAAAUAA